AUGAGUAAUGCGCCCCGCGCCAGCCAGCUUUCCGGCUCGACAGCGUACACAUCCUCUGGCUCUCUCGCCUCCUUCAAUAGCGCAUCCACGGUGACGCCCCCGCAAAAUGGAGGUCCCGUUCAGGCUACAGCCAACAUCAUCAACCAAAAGGCCGAUGCCUCGAGGUCCCUUUACCAGAUUUGCAUGUCGUUGAAGCAGCGAUUAUCACAGGUACCUGGCUUCGACCCCUAUCUGCAAGAGCUCGACCCCAAUGACCCUGUCGAAUCACUGUGGGCCCUGUUCCGCACCGGUUAUCCGCUACUCGACAUUUACAACGCCCUCCAACCAGAGAAGCCCCUCGAGAUCGAAGGCGCAAACGCCAGUGCCAGCGACAGUAAAAAGGCGAAGAUUGCCCUCUUCAAGUUCAUUCAGGCGUGUCUCAAGGAUUUGGGUAUACCAUCGGCGGAAUGCUUCGUCAUCAGCGACGUACUAGGAAAUGACACGACUGGUUUUGUCAAGACCACCCAAGUCGUCAAUUACGUUCUCGACAUCGCUGAGCAACGGGGCCUCUUGUUGCAGCUCCAGCCUUACCCCGAAGAUGACCUUCCUAUGGAACCAGGCUCCAAGCUGAGCUACCGGGAUCAUAUCGUGAAGGAACUGGUAGACACGGAGCGGAAAUAUGUCCAAGAUUUGGAGAAUCUCUACGACCUGAAGAGUAGCUUGGAGACGAAGGGAAUAAUUACUGGCGACACCAUUCAUCAGAUCUUCCUCAACAUUAACGCGAUCCUGGAUUUCCAGCGCCGAUUCCUGAUCCGUGUCGAGACGACGAACUCCAUGCCCAAGACUGUACAGCAUUGGGGUGCUCCAUUUGUCACGUACGAAGAUGCAUUCGACAUCUACCGUCCUUUCAUCGCCAACCAGCGCAAAGCAGCCCAAGUCGCCAACCAAGUCUUUGACCAGAUCAAGGCUAGUGGGCACCCUGUGGCCGCAGACUUCAACACCUUGGAUGGUUUCCUCCUCAAGCCCAUGCAGCGUCUCGUCAAGUACCCUCUAUUAUUGAAGGACUUGAUGAAAAAGAGCGAGGAUGAGGAUAUCAAGGCCGAUUUGGCAGGCGGUAUCGAGUCCGCAGAACGCGUUCUUUCAAAGGCUAACGAAGAAGUCAACCGGGAUCUCUUGGACGAGGCUCUAGACGAUUUGCGAAACCGUGUCGAUGACUGGAAGAAUCAUCGCGUGGAGCAGUUUGGCAGGUUGCUGAUGCAUGGUGUUUACACCGUCGUUACAGGGAAGAGCGAGCAAGAAAAGGACUACGAGAUUUACCUCUUCGAAUGCAUACUACUCUGCUGCAAGGAAAUUUCGGCGAACAAGAGCAGGGACAAGAAGGACAAGACAAGAUCUACCGGGCCUAAGAUCAGGAACAAGAAUGCGAGACUCCAGUUGAAGGGCAGGAUCUUCAUGACGAACGUUACUGACAUCGUCUCCCUCGCAAAGCCUGGAUCCUACAUUGUCCAAAUCUGGUGGAAAGGUGACCCUGGCGUGGAGAACUUCAUGAUCAAGUACACCAACGAGGAGCAGAUGAAGAAAUGGGCAGUCGCCCUUGAGGCGCAACGUAAGGAGAACACGCCCAACAAAUCUGCUACGAGUCCCGAUUCGGCGGCACCCGACUUUGCUUGGACACGCGAAAACGCUGGCAAGCUCGAGAACCCGUAUCUUAACCAGCAAGACGAUGACGAUGACGAGGAACUGUGGCCACCUGCCUCUGCCCCUGCCCAGUUCCCCAUGCCGACUCAGUCCACAGGAGGCAGCAUGUUGCCUCGCAACGCAUCAAGCACAAGCCUGCGGCAACGCGCCGCAACUAAUGAGAGUCUUGCCGGUAUGGUGAGGGCUCCGCCUCCUAGAUUCCCUCUUCCGCAACCACCAGCGCCUCUCAGUCUUUCGACCCAAGUGCCUGCUCCGGGUGCUUCUUCACCUGGGGCCCGCGGCGGCGACUCUUACUUUUCACCUGUAGCCGAUUCGCCUGUUUCCUCGCGCACGAGUACCGCUAGCAAUAUGUUCCCUAAUCCAGGAUACCAAUUCCCCAAGUCACUGACCCCUCAGCCCGGGUGGGAAGACCCCAAUCAGAGAUACACGGCCCCCGCGAUGCCUCGAGCUCCCUCGAGGGACGGCUCUUCACAGCACCGGAAUCCUCGCGGACCCUCUUUGCCGGCAAUGGCCUCCAAUAGCCAGAGCGCGGCACAGCAGCAGCGCAGCAGAUCGUACAGCACUCCUGAUAUCAACGCUCCCGGAAACAUUCGUCGCACUCAAGGGGGCACUCCUGUUCCGGCGGUGCCUGGCAUCCCAGCCCACCUGCACCCAGCCCACGAUCAGAAUAUCCCGCGGUCGCAGACCGGCUCGCCCAGGGUUAAUGACGUUCCCAUCAGGUCAAACACUCAGAGCCCGGGCGCUCAGCGAGAACGCCAGUACGGCCACCAGCAGUCCGGAAGCUACGGUGGCACCAUGUCACAGUUCCCAGCUCAGCCAAUCUAUCCCCGUCAGGGAACGCCAAACUCUGUUCAUGACCGACAGCUCAGCAUCGACGCGGCUGCGUCUAUGAAUGCGAUGUUGUCCCCUCCUCUUGGCACCGGCGGGAUCAGCGGGUCUCAGUCAAACCCGCUUGCCAGCCCCGACCUGCCGAUUCCCACGCAGUUGAAGGUCAAGGUGAACUUUGUCGACAGCGGCAAUUACGUCACCCUGGUUGUUGCAUUCAACAUCACAUACCAGUCUUUGAUUGAUCGCAUCGACGCCAAACUUGCACGGUUCACAAACAGCAGUAUUAGCAAGGGCAUGCUGAAGCUCCGAUACCAGGACGAGGAUGGCGACUUUGUCACUAUUGCCAGUGACGAUGACAUUCAGAUCGCCUUUAUCGAAUGGCGAGAGGGAGCUCGCGCCACUGCGCCAGGAGGCGUUGGCGAGAUCGAGCUGUUCUGCGUUGGGGAAACGGCCUGA